AUGAGCCAUCACCAUGACGCAGAAACUCUGUCAUUGGAUACCAAUGGUAGCUCCAAAGCUUACGAGACUUAUCGAAUAGACUCAACGACAGAAGCAUAUCGGUCCAAAUCGCAGCAAGGUUCGGAAUUAUCUAGAAUCAUCUCCGGCAUAAGAGAUGAUCAAGACAUUCAAGCUGAUUAUCUUCCAACUGCAGAUGUGGAAUAUAGCCUUGCAAAGAGACUUACACACAACGAGGAGGCUAGAACGGAAAAAAAUUCGAUCAAGUCAGUAAAUUCCAAUGACCAAGAACUCGAGUCCAAUAAAAAUGGUGCUGGAGCUGGAGCCUUGGAGCAACAAUCCGCAAGCUCUGAGGAAGAGGAAGUAGGUCCUCAAAAAGAUAAAGGAUUCGCGUGGGUGGUAGCAAUAUGUACCAUGCUUGCGGUAUUCAGUACUUGGGGUGCUAGCGCAGGUUACGGUGUUUUUCUUUCUUUUUACGUUUCAUCGGAUGCUUUUGCUGGUGCUAAUCAGUAUGAUUACGCAUUGAUUGGUGGAAUGGUUGUUUGCUUUGCUCAAUUGUUAGCACCAGUCUGCGUCUUAUCCUAUAGGGUAUUUGGUCCAUUCUACACUUCAUAUUUUGGAAUUGCAUUACAAACCUUGGGCUACAUACUAGCAUCAUUUGCUACCAAGAGGUGGCAGUUGUUCUGCACGCAAGGAUUCAUCGUGGGAGUAUCGUUUCUGUUUGUUUAUUUACCCGGAACCUUAAUGUUACCUACUUGGUUUGAUAAGAAAAGGGCAACUGCCAUGGGAAUAGCGGUCUCUGGUGCAGGUCUUGGAGGUGUUUUCUUCUCCUUGGUUAUUCGUAAACUCAUCAGUGUCACUGGGGAUCAAAGAUGGGCUUUGAGAAUGUGUGCAUUCGUUACGGGAUUUGUAGCAAUAAUUGCUUGUAGCAUAAUGAAACCAAGAAACCACAAACCUUUGCCAUUAAAAGUCACUUUAACGAGGGAAUUCAUAUUCAGUAAUGCUAAAACCAUAUUCUCUGUAAGCGUGUUUAGAGAUUAUGCACUUGUCCUUCUAGGGAUCUGGUUUGGGAUUUGCCUCUUGGGGUAUAUUUUAGUACUCUUUUCAGUUUCUUCGUAUGGUAUUCUGGUUGGCUUAAGUGCGUUUCAGGGAUCCAUUUUGACUGCUGUAAUGAACGCUGGUCAAUUCAUUGGAAGACCUUCUUGUGGGUUUAUAGCAGAUAAAUUUGGUAGGUUUAACUUCACCAUUGUCAACUGUCUUGUCAUUACUAUAUUGAUAUUGGCAUUUUGGAUAAAUGCAACUUCCUUCGGUGCAUUGAUGGUAUUUAGCGUACUUAUUGGCUUGACCAUUGGUGUGGGAAGUUUGUUUUGUCAAUCGUUGGCUUCAGAUAUUUUGCAGAACAUGGAGAACUUACCAGCUGCAUGGUCUGGAUUGAAUAUAGUUGUCCUGUUGUUUUGUAUUGGAGCUGAAGUUAUUGCAUUAGCAUUGAAGGAAGAUGAGGCUGCUAACCCAUAUUUGCAUUCUCAAGUAUUUGGUGGUGUAUGCUUCUUUAGUGCAGCCGUCUUAUUGUGCAUCAUGAGGGAAAGGGUAGUUAGAAAAAGGCUAGUUGAAAGAUUGCUGACAGAGAGGUCACUUCACGAUCAAAAAACGAACUCUAAGGGAUAUUUAAAGGAAAGGGACGAAGCUGACAUUGAAGAGAUAGAGCAAAUAGAGGGGCGAAUCGCAAGAUAUGAAAUACUUGUGAAUAUUAGAUCGGUGAAGCUUUUCUUUAUAAGAAUGUUUUAUCCGAUCAAGAUAUAA